GCUCUCUCUGUUUGAAAAUUCUCCUCGCUCGCGAUUAUAUCUUCCAACCGGAAACACGUCAUGGAUUAAGGCUUGACAAGACGAUCACUGAUCGAUUGAACUGCAUUACUAAGAACUGCCACUAGAGUUCAGAAUUGCGACUUUGGAGUUAAUUGCCAACAACAACAGAUGGAGGAAGAAUUGCAACUCAUCUGCUCACCUGGUUUACUGAAGCCAUAUAGCCAUGGAGUCAGGAGAAAACGAAAUCCUACGUAGCAUACUGGAACGUCUGACGACAAGACUUCAGUGGAUCCUUGAACAGUCUUCUGUUGACCUUGAUUAUUUGGAGUAUGUUUGCAAUCAAGAAUACAUCUUAAUUGAUGCAGCAUCCCGAAUCUUUGAUAUACCUUCCCCCAUAACAGAGGGUCUGAAACAAUUAGGCAGACUUGUGCAUGCUGGCUUAGAGGAAGAACAACGACCUAUAUUGUUCACACUUGAGCAAGGGGAAAGGGGACGCCCAAAAUGUGUGCUCUCUGCUGAUUUCCUGACAUAUCUUUUUGAAAUACCAUUACCUGUUAAGUGUGUGGCCAAUCUACUCGGUGUUAGUCAUAGCACAAUUUUUAGAAGAAUGAGAGAACUUGGCAUUUCAACAAAGACUUCAUACAGCUCUAUGUCAGAUGAAGAACUGGACAACAAAGUUGCUGCUGUUAAAGCAAGAGUCCCUAAUGCUGGAUACAGACUUGUCAAAGGACUGUUACAGUCCGAGGGCUAUCGUGUUCAGUGGGACAGAAUUAAAGGGUCUAUGCACAGAAUAGACUCUGCUGGAGUUCUGUCCCGAAUGACACGCAUGGGGAGCACAGUGAGACGAACUUAUUAUGUCCGGGGUCCACUGUCACUUGUCCACAUCGACACCAAUCAUAAACUAAUAAGGUACAACAUUGUGAUAUUUGGCAAUGUGGAUGGCUACUCAAGAAAGGUCCUGUACCUGAAUGCUGCAAAUAAUAACAAGUCGAGCACUGCGCUUGCUUUUUUCUUGGAAUCUGUGCAGCAGUUUGGUUGGCCGUCAAGAGUAAGAGGUGAUCAAGGGGUCGAGAACCUGGGCAUAGCACGGUGCAUGUUUACAGUGCGGGGGACUGGACGAGGCAGCUUUGUGUCAGGAAAGAGUGUACAUAAUCAGAGAAUUGAGCGUUUAUGGAGGGACGUAUGGAUGGCUGUGACCCAGAUCUACUACGAGGUUCUGCAUGGUCUGGAAGAAGAUGGCCUACUUGAUCCUUCUAAUAACAUGCAUAUGUUUUGCGUUCACUACAUCUUCAUACCUCGGCUGAACGACGACCUGACAAAGUUCAGCGAUGGUUGGGACAACCACCCACUACGCACGGAGCAAAACCUAACUCCAAACCAGUUGUGGGUCAUGGGCCAUAUUCAACAUUCCACCACUGAACCAGAACAUCUUGAGCAGCCUGCUGAGGACAAUACCAUUGACUGGGAAAAUGUAGGGAUCCCACACGGGUCUCAUUAUGGCAUUGAAGUACCAGAGAUUUCCAGCCCAUUUAGUCCUGAAGAAAUGGAACAGCUACAAACUACCAUUAAUCCUAAAGGACCAUCACAAUGCUUUGGCAGAGACAUUUAUUUGAACAUGGUACAGUACAUACAAAUAAUUCUUGCCAACUCGAACAACAAUCGCUAACAAGGUCAUUGUUCUAACAACAAGGAUAUUGCAUAUACCAAAAAUAUUGCAUAUACCAAAAAUAACUGAAAACAAUCAUGGCACUCUCUUUUUGCCAUUUACUUUUAGUGUAAACAUUUUUUUACAAUGUUAAGGAAA